GUUACAUUCACCGGAAGUAUUUUCGGAAUGGCUGUAGUAAAAUAUUUUUUUUAUUUUUUCAGUGAGAAAUGAUUUAGAGAAAAAAACGCAAUGGUAUUGAAGGGAUAUUUGGCUGAGUUGAAUACGUAGGAAUGAAGGCUUUUAAAGACAGUGUAUCACAGGUGUAUUAUACACAUGGUCUCUUCUGUGCGAGCCAUCCCUUCUCAAUCCUUGUAUCUGUAUGUGCAGUCAUAAUAUUACUAUGCUACCCACUGUUGUACGUGCCCCUGCCAGGUAAUAUUCCAGGCGAGUAUGUAACACCAGUGAAGAAUUACAAAGUGCCACCAAAAUCUUUUACCAAGGGAGAUAAAUCAUUUGACACCACAGACAUAACAAGUAUACCUAGAUGGUAUAAAGGGCCUUCGCAAGCAUAUAUACAGCAACUGGUUGUCAAGACAACAGUGUCACCAUGGGAACCAACACAACAUGAUCCCCUAGAUGCCCUGUAUGCACCACUUACCAAAGUUUUUAAAACGCUGGAAGAAGUGGAGAAGCUCCGACACCAGCACGGAAAUGAAGAGAAGUCUCUGGUAAACUGCUGUCUGAGGGUAUCAGAACCUUUAAGGUCGAAGCACAGUGAGAAACUGCUUCCAGAAUAUGCCUGCCUCGUACUCUCACCAGCCAAUCUGUGGCAGAAAAAUCUUAACAGGUUUCUGGAGGAUAAGGAGAUAUUGCGGACCAUAUACAAGAGAUACAAUCAAGCCCUGGAGGCUCCUCCGGGUAUUAGAGAUGUGUUGUUUGGGUUGCCAUGGAAACAGACUGGGAUAUCCAGAUACUUUAUCAGGAAUAGACAGAGAACUAUAUCAUUUGCCAUCACUCUUGCCUUGAAAUCAUAUGAUGAAAGUUUUGUGAGCAACUUGCGGAAGCGACUAGAAGCGGUGUAUCCAGACACGCUGACUAACGUGAACAACUCCCAGAUUGAUCAUAUUGUGCAUCUACAUUAUAAAGACAUCAACAUAUAUUUUGAAUACAUUCAUCUUAUCGUCCUAUACCUGGUGCUGCUCAUGUAUCUUUAUUUUUCUGUCAAGAAAAUUGAAAUGGUGAAAUCGAAGUGGGGAUUGGCGUUGAGCGCUGUUGUUACUGUUGUGUCUUCAUUGUUGAUCUCAGUCAGUGUGUGUUCUAUAUUUGGUCUGAAUACCAGAUUAAAUGGAGGGGAAAUAUUUCCGUACCUGGUUGUGUUGAUAGGUGUAGAGAAUGUACUUGUGAUGACAAAGUCUGUUGUGUCAACUUCUGUAGAGUUGGAUGUGAAAUACAGGGUAGCCACUGGUUUGAGUAAGGAGGGUUGGUACAUAACAAAGAACUUGCUGAUAGAGUUGGCCAUUAUAAUGGUGGGGUUCUUCACUUUUGUACCUGCCAUUCAGGAAUUUUGCCUGUUUGCUCUAGUUGGACUGCUGACAGAUUUUACGUUACAGAUGGUUUUCUUUGUGACAGUUCUCUCUGUGGACAUACGGAGAAUGGAGUUGUCAGAUCUGCACAAACACAAACAAGACACCUCGUCCCAGUCAGAGUUUGUUCCCUUUGAGCCACUCUUCAAGUGUCCGUUCAAAACCAGUCUUCCAUCAGACCGAAUUAAACUUCAGCCAAGAAUCAACCUAUCAACUGGUAUGGGUAUGAUUUCAUCAAAAGGAGCGCCUGUCUCUCCGCGAGUUCAGCACGAGGCGAGGCUGUUCCAGCGGGAAACAUUACUAGGAUUGCCGCGGAGACUUAGAUUGUUGUAUUUCUGGGCUAGCACUAGAGUGGUGCAACGAUUCAUCAUGGUAUGUUCAGUAGUGUGGAUUGUUCUCAUUGUGUAUAAGACUGGCUUAGUACAUCAUAUCACCAAUACAUCAUUCAGUAUUAACGGCACUGUAAUACCAGACUCGGUCGAUGACCUAGAACAGAUCAUUAAAUUACAGGAGCAGACAACCACUGCUGACCAAAAUAAGAUGGAAGUAUUAUCUCCCUUGGCAUAUUUCUGGCGCCAGGAUGAUGAGGAUUUAGGUUCGGUUAAACAUACUGACCUUGAGACAUGGAGGAAGUUAUCACAUGUACAUUGGGUUACAAUGUUUAGCUAUUACAAUAUCAGUAUUGUUGGAAAGUAUAUUAGCAUUCUACCAUCCAUUCAUUUGUCAGUAAUCAUCCCACCAGAAGAGGCAAUUAGACUGCGUGUUCCUGGAUAUAAAACCAACUGGCCACAGAAUGAAGCCAAAGAGACACAAAUUAAACCAAAGAUUCCUGAAAUCCGGAGUGCAAAAUUACCUGACAAAAAGGAACAAAAAGACAAAAGUGAAAGUGAUCAAAGUAAAGAAAGUGAGAAGUUGAAUGGAAAUGUCCAUCAGACUGUUUCUGAGCAGUAUAAAAAAUCAACCCAAGAGCCCGAAUUUUUAUCUGAAGAAUACUUGCGGAAAUAUUAUCCUUACAUAGACCCUGAACAGUUAAAGCAGUAUUAUCCAAAGUCUCGGUUAGAGUUUAUCAUAACAAUGUCCCUAGCAUUUCUCAGUGUGAUAUGUAUAACAUAUUUUGUGUUGGCGUUGUAUAGAUGCAUGUGCUCGAAGAAAUAUUCCAAAUGGAGAGCAUCAUGGAAUAAAAUACCAAAGAAUGCUAGAGGGAAUAGUUAUUAUAAGCAAAUAAAAGAAGCGGUACCUAUAAUAUUGAAAGGACAUUUACAGGAGAUCGAGUGUUUGAUAAUUGAUGGCAGUGUAAUUAUCAGCUCAUGUCUCGGCGGUCAGCUACGUGUCUGGGACUCAGUGACGGGAGAAUGUCUUCAUACAAUGCAGAGGAAAUCGGCCACACCACCCAUGAGAAGAAAGCCUUGUGAAGGUCGGAAUGUUGAAGAUAGUGAUGCAGAUCUCUAUGCUGAAUACCAUGGCAACCAUAGCAACCAGGUCGUGUUUUCAGUUGACGUUGACCCUAGCAGAGGUCAGGAUGAUCAGCCUAGACCAAGACUGCGUAGAAUUUCUGGACGAAGUGAAAAUGAACCAAAUUCAUCUCAGUCUAAUGAGACGUUUGAAAAAUUCCCUGAUUUGAAAAACACAAUUGAUUUCAAUUUUUCUAGAAUGUAUACAGAAAAAAGUUCAAAUAUGAAUAUAAGCCAAAAUGUUGGAAAUAGCCCAAAGGAUAAUGUAAAGGAAGAAGUGAAGGAAAGUACAGGAAAGGUGGGGUAUGAUUUUCAGAAGAAAUUCAGUGAACUGUAUAGUGAGCAUGACAAAUUUCUAGAGGAGAAAAGAAUUCAUGAGGAAAACAAGCGGCAGUACCUAGAAAUGAGUCAUGAGUCAAGAGCAAGUCGCUCAAAAAGCUGGAGUGAAGGAGACCAUACUCUAUCAGAUACAUCAAUGAAUGAUUCCACCAAUCUAGAGUUAUCUCCCUCCCCUAUCUGGUGCCUGGCUUGUCGUGGCAAUCUUGUGAUAGCUGGAUGUGGUAGCGGAAAAAUUGAGUUUUGGGAUUCCACCAGCGGUGCCUUAAAGUGUUUGUAUGGAGAGAGUGAAAUCGGGGUAACUGGAAUCAAUUUUGUUGGCAAGAAAGUUAUUGUGGCUAGGAUAGAUGGGUCCAUAGAUUUUUUAGAGCUGGAAACAUUUCAGAACCCUAAAGUAUCAACACCGUUAUCACCCAGUAGUUUAAAUAGGAAAAUCAAAGGUCAUUCAAGACAUUUGAGUCAUUCACGUACAGGAAGUGAUGAUUUACGACUGUGGACACAGUUUCAUUUUAUGAAUUUGAAGGUAUUCCGUCUAGAGGAUUACAGAUGUUUGUAUACCUUAUAUGGACAUACUGGUAGCAUAACGUGCCUUUGUCUGGAUAAGUGUGCUCCAUAUGCUGCUGUUAGUGGGUCAGCAGACGGAACAAUUCGGCUCUGGGAUCUCCUUACUGGUCAUUGUGUCCACAAGGUCAUAGGUCAUGAUGGUACUGUUGUCGGCCUGACAUGUACUGACUCGUACAUAAUCAGUUCGGGUCUUGAUGAUAAGAUGUGCGUCUGGGAGAGGAAGCGUGGACAUCUGUUGUAUUCUGUAGAGAUGGAAACAUCUUGUGGAAGCUCUAUGUCAAUGUUGUCUAAAAAUUUCCUUGUUACGGGAGGCCAGGGUUCACUGUACUUGUGGGAUGUGCACAAAGGGGAGCUUGUCCGUGUGGUCAGUCUUGAACAGCGAGAUCGUACUGCUUUCAUACAUCACAUUCAGUCAAUGGAGAACUCAACUAUAGUCUGUGAUUAUGGCAAAGAUAUCAAAGUCAUUCAUUUUCCAUUGGUUUUAGAGAAAAGAGACUAGCUGGGUGAACAAAUGGAGCUUGACCUUGUGGGAAAUCCUAAUAUUCUUUCAUACAUUACUGAAAAUUCUACCUCCGUCUCUGAUUAUUGCAUAUAAAUUGAAGCCAUACAUUUCCUAAUGGUUCCGGAGAAAAAGGACUAACACUGUAUGUGAGACAAUAGCAAACUGGUCGCCAGUCUGUCUGGAGCAAGGAUACCAUAUCACACUUUAACACCAUGUUCAGUCCAUGGAUGGAUAAUUGAAUUACAGUAUAGAUAUCAGAGUCACACAUUUUCCAUUAUUUCUAGGGAAUAGGGAUUUAACACUGACAAGUGACUCCCUAAAGUUGUUCAGUAUUUAUGUUGUUUUAGGUUAAUAAUAUAGUUUACCGGUAUCUCUUUGGUAAGAGAAAAGUAGGUAACAGUAUCCUGAGCAGUAUUUUCAGAACAUUUUAGUAGGUUAUUGUAUAUAUUAACAGCGAUGACCAGGCUUUUGUGCCCCCCCACCCUCCCUACAAUCCUUGUGUUAGUUUAGUUUAUACUAAUUUAUUUUAGCUUGAUUGUGAAACAAGUUCCACAACUUAUAUUAAUCACUCUGAACACCUCAUUCUUGAUGGAAUCCAUCACCACGAGGGUAUGAAAGAAAAGAAGUCAGUUUCCCUUUUAAUGCUGAGUGCCAAGCAAGGGAGCUACUGGUACCAUUUUUCACGUCUUUGGUAGAAUGCGGCCAGGGAUCAAACUCACGACUUUCUUGUCUUGACAUCUUAUGAAGUAAUAUGUUCUAGGUGAUUAUUGCAUGUAAAAUAUUUGUUUUGCUUGCCAUGAUGUAAGUCAAGGGAGCCAUUGCUACACACCUGCAUUGGCUUUCUUAUAAAAGAGGGUGAUACAGCUGUUUUUUUUUUUGUUGUUUUUUUUUUUUAAGACUGUAACUUUGUUGAAUAUUUCAUCUAUAUCAGAAUCAUUUUGUCAGUUGAUAGUUCUUGUUUGGUGUAAUAUUGUUACGGAGUUGUUUAAAAGAAAUAUCUAUAAGUAUUUCCAUUCCAAUGUUUAAUAUUCCCAUUUACAUUUAUUUAUACUUUACUUUGCCGAAGAGCUUGUAGCUCUUUCUCAUUUUCUUAAGUUUUAAAAACUAUUUGCAUGUGCAGAAAUUUACUUUACCAGUCUGUCUUCUAAUAUUGUCUUGUUGAACUUAAUGUUGAAAGGGGCAUGCUGACAGGAACGUCUUUAGCUAAAAUGUGUCCCUGCCUCCAUCUAGGCAACAUUUAGUAGAGCUGUCUCAAGAGGACAAAGUAAAAUUGAUCAGAAAAUCAAAAAAAAAAAUGACUCCAAACCAAACUUUUCUUUGGUCUGUACAGUAGGUUGUUUGGUUUGGAGUUCCAUUGUAACGCAUUUCCUUUUCAAACAGCAGGUCUGUGAAAGGUUUUGUAAUACUGUGAAAUCAUUAAUGUUCAUGAGGGACUAAUUUUCAUGGUUGAGACAAUCCACGAAAUUUAAUCCCAACGAACAAGUAAAAUUACCAUUCAUUUUAUGUUCAAAUGUUGAAAUCCACAAAUUCAUAUCGCCACAAAAUUGCCGUUUUGACCAAAACCAUAAAAUUUCAUGCCCACAAAAUUAAAUGAUUUUACAGUAGGUUAAAUUUUUUGGCAGUUAACAUCUGUACCUCAUAAACCUACUUUGAUCCAUCAUAUCCUUAACAGGGUUUUUCUUAACUUUUUGCUAUGUAUGAAAGUGUACAAUAUGUAUAUUAGUUUAGAACAGAUUUCUAUGGUGUCUGAAUACUAAUGAUUAAGAAGUCUAAAUUCCUGUGUAUUGAAAAAAGUUUGAGCCUCACCAUGAGAAAACCAACAUAGUAUUUGUGACCAGCAUGGAUCCAGACCAGCCUGCGCAUCCACGCAGUCUGGUCAGUUUCCAUACUGUUCGCUUUUAAACCCUAUCACAGUUAGAGAAACCGUUAGCAAACAGUGUGGAUCCAGACCAAACUGCGCAGGUGCGCAGGCUGGUCUGGAUCCAUGCCGGUCGCAAAUGAACUAUGUUAGUUUUCUCAUGGUGUGGCUUAUUAAUAUUGUAUUCUCCAUCUCCAUUUGAUUCACUGAUUUUAUUACUGUACUUUAUAAUUGUAUAUUUGUAAAUCGUAACAAUGCAAUUUUGAAUAGUCCUAUCCGUCCCCAAUUACCGGUACCCACUUGUACUUUUUUCAUUUGCUUAAUGCUGCAUUAUAGUCCAUCAAUUAUAAAUCUAUGUUUGUAUGAAUAUGUGUAAUGGAUUAACGUAUGCAUUCAUUUGAUAAAACAAUACAGCGCUUACUUGUGUUUUUAGGUUAUGAUAAAAAUAUUCAUGGUAAAGUACUGACUGAAAAAUUAUUAAAUUUGAUCAGGUUGAUAAUCUGAAUAUUUUCCGUCAAGAAAACUAAAUUCAAAAUAUCCUGUAUAUAUACACAUGUACCCAAUAUUUUAGUAUUGCAUAAGCUGUAAGAUGUCAAAUUUGCAAGCAAGAAUGGAAAUUUUCAUAUGUUUGAAAUUUACUUUUUAUUUUAGUAUUUGAGGCAAUAUACAUUGUCAUGAAUUUCUUUCAGCAUUCUCUUACUUCUGCUUCACACACAUUGCCAAGUAUUUUCCAUACUUUGUUAUUGUAAUUUCUUGGAAUAUGGACAAAAUCUUCCCAGGACAAACCCUCCUGCUCAAUUUAACCAGUGCAGACAAAAUUUCCCCUUUCAUUUUUGCCCCGCGUUCUGAAAAAAAAGGACGUAUUAAAUGAUGGUGAGUGUGUCAGUCCGUCUUGUCAUAAUUUGUCUCCGGAGCGUAACUUUAUAGCCAUUAAAGAUAUUAAACUUGGUAUAUAGGCAGAUGUCAAUGAGAUGAUGUGCAGAGCGCUUGAACCAGCUCUGUAGGUUAAAGGUCAUGGUCUCAGAUCUCAAAUCUGUCCUUCAUAUUUCUUGUCUGGAGCAUAACUUCUGAACCAUUGAAGGUAUUGACUUCAAACUUGGCAUGCAGGUAGUGAUGAGGCGAUGUGCAAAGACCAUGAACCUUGUCUGUAGGUUUAAGGUCAAGGUAACAAAUUGAGCCAGAGAGGUCAAAUCUGACUGUCAUAUUUAGUGAGCAUAACUAAUUAACCAUUCAAGGUAUUGACUACUAACUUGGGGUGUAGGUAGUUGGUGAUGAGACGAUAUGCAGAGUGCAUGAACCAGGGCGAAGGUCACAGUAAGAUCAAAUCUGCUCAUCACAGUAUCCCACCACCACCACUGCAUACCCACCCGCCACCAAGAAUAAAAUCUUUAAAUUUUGCUUCCGUCUGCCUUUUAUAUAACCUGCCCCGGUCAGAGCUCAUGUUUCCGAUUAUAUCCAAAUUUUCACUUCAUUGCAUUUAGAAUUGAUAGUAAUCAUAUAAAAAUUGUUUUUUUUUAUUUCUGUUCGUAUGCCUUUACGGCAAGUCUCAAGUUUUUAAUGAACAAAAUUUAAGGGCGUAUUUUGUCCACCUUUGUCAAAUUGAGCAGGUUGGAGAGGGGGUGGGGAUUUUGUCCUAUAUUCUCAUUUCUUACUGUCUGUUAAGAUUGCUCAAAAUUUGUUACAUUUUCUAUGAUGUAAAUAAUUUACUAUCAUUAUUUAUUUUUGUGCUGAUUUUAUAAAAUAAAAGAAUGAGUAAUUA